AUGCGGUCGAAAUCUCGUUCAAACGCUUCACCUGGAAGGAGAUCCGAAUGCUACUCGAAAGAAACUGGCACUAGUAUGGACGCCAUUGCUUCGUAUAAUCAUCUUAUUUCUAACUACCUGCAGUACGCUUGCGUUCAGCCCCAGUUUUGCAUUAGUAAUGUUGGAGAUGGAAGCUUUUUGUUGAAAGCAACUAUAAGCCCGUUUCCACCUCUCACCAGUCUAAUCGCAGAAGAUGACUGGUUAAAAGUUAUGCAGAAAAUGAAAUCCAUUAUGCAAGGGGAUGAUUCUGUGCUUGAAGAAGCGUCAGUGGCCAACUCUAGUACUGUCAUGGAAGGCGGUUCGAAGACUCCUCUCUCCGACAGUGGGACAAACAAUCUUGUAGAUCCUAUAAAAGAUUCCCCUCCACCAUCACCUGGAAAGUGGUCAUUUUCGCCAACUCAUGAAUGUACUCCUUCGUCUUCUCCUGCUGCUAAAUGUUACUCGGCGGUUGCUUCAUCGCCACGUCGUCGACCUCUCAAAGUGCGCUUCCACCGCACGGGAAUAGACAAGUACGAGGUGGUUGCUUCAGCUGCAGGAAGUUGUGCCAGCGAGCAUCUGGAAGGGAGCAGUAAACAACCGAACAAAAAGAUCCAUAAGAGAACGAAGAAGACGAAGAAGCACAGAGGAUCGGCAGAACUUGGUUACUUUGCGUAUAUGAUCGACGAGAGUAAUCUCUUUGAAAACCAUCAAACCAUCUCGUCUGCGCACGCACCCACUGAAAAUGGCAGAAACGACGUUAUUGUGCCAAAUGGUAACGUGCAUGAGAAGGAUCUGGAUUGUUCACUUUCAAGAAUGGGAAAGAACAUUUCUAACAUGGAUGCCAUGGCGACGUGGCCAACUAAGAUCGACGGCACCCCUAGCGGAGAAGAUGAUGAUGCUGAAGCAUCAGUUACGCACCAUAUUUGGAAAAAAAAGCAUCGACGUGGUGAACCCGUUGUCAAAACGUCUUAUGUGAGAAGACAAGGCACUCCAGUUACCUGCACAAUCAAACUGAGAGACCGAUCUCGCCUGACUCCUUGUUGGAAUGAGCUCCACAAUGGCAUUGUUCCUCGUCGCAACCGCGAAAGGAGAAAAUCUUGCAAUUCUGCUCCUCCUGCCCCCGCUGUUUGUCAGCAUCCACAGCGUGCCACUAAAAGUGCUUCUCCACAUUGUCAUCGACGAAGUCGUUACGCACCAAUUUAUACGGAUAAUGACAUAGUUCCGCUUUCACCAUUUAUGAAUACUAGAUCGAAAUAUCAGAUUAAAGUGGGAGCAUGUGACGUCAAAAACGUAGAAGAUAACGUGAAGGAUUUGGGUCAACAAGCACCGCCAUCUGAAAAUGGUCAAAACGAUGAACACCACUUUGUCAAGGGUAUAAAACAGGAGUGUGAGGAUGUUGAAGAGAAUCAAUCUGCUAAUGAUGUAACUCAUGACGAUACCAGCUUGAGAGAUACGUACCAUGCUGGUAAACCAUCACGGAAGCGUCGUCCGCUAAGUCGACCCAAGAAAAUACGCCCAAGAGCAGGCAGACGUACUGGUGAACGUGUAACGUCAGACGAAGAGCUACCUUCUGAAGCGACAGGUCCUACAAAGUCAAUGUCAUCCCCUCAUAACUUUUGCGACGACGAAAUUCAAAGCGAUAAGCCCAAUGAGUGUGACGUGGAUGACUUUAACGCAGAAGAAACUCAUAAUGAUGACUUUCCUCUUUUCGAAGAGAAAUGCGAGGUUCCCAGUGAGCGUUCAUCUGCUGAGACUGACAAAGGAUCUCCCACUGAUGGACUCUACAUUGACGAGGAGGCGCCUGUUGAUGAAAGAAUUGAGAGAAACUUGGGACAAAACCGAUCCCAAGUUAGAGAAAUUCCAAUACGUCAAAGAGAGGUCAAAGACGAGCCUGCUAGCGCUGAUGAUAAUUCCGACACUGUUGUUUCGAAACCAAAUUAUGAUACAACGGAGACUGGGAAAGAAAUAAUUGAUGAGAACCAAGAUUCUGGGUUGCUUCUUCAACAUCAAUAUCGCAGGAAGUUCAUGGAUCAUACGAUAGAUCCUUCAAUAGGUUAUAGAUACAGGAUGUGGUCGCAUGCGUAUCGGACUUUCCGCACAAAUCCUUUCAUUGUGCCUCCUGCUCGCGGUCAAGUCCCCCAACUUGUUCGCUAUCCACGCCGGCCUGUGAGGGAAGUGCGCUCAGUGACAAGAGAUGAUAAAUGCUAUGUGAAACUCGGCGUGAAAUACGAAGUAGCUGUUUCUAAUCUACCAAAGGAACCAAAUGAAAGAAAUUGGAAGGAAAUUUACGUGGGCGAUGUGUUGUGGGUAAGGUGGAGAAAAAAUGAAUAUUGGCCUGCAACUGCAUACAGCAUCUCAGAUACGGCGCCGGUCAAGGUUACUGUGCUGUGGAUUAAUGACAAGACUCAGAGCACUGUCGACUACACUCUAGUGGAUUCGUUCGAUAUGGCAUUCCACAUUAGGUAUGAUGCUCGUCGAAGCGACACAAAAUACGUCAAGGCGGUAGCUACUGCACUCCGUUUCAUGGGUAAAAUGGGAUUCUGGGAAUGUCACAUUACUGCAAAGGUAUACGACGAGAUCAUAAAGGAAGAAGGGGAGUCUUUCUGCCGUCACAUUUUACCUGAGGAGUUACAAAAGAUCAAAGAGAAGUCAAAAGCACCGAAGCUGGGAAAGGAGACAAAAAAAGACGACAUAACAAGAAUGCAGAGAUCUGUGGAAGUGCUUCAGGCUCUUCAAGCUGCGCAUUUUAUCGACAUUUAUCAGCGCUCUCCUCUAGUUGGUAACGCCUUACCCUUGACUCAGCAGAUAGUCGAUGAUUACCAAGGUAGCAAAGAAUACGCUAGUGGAAACCUCGAUCCAUUAUUCGUUGAUGGGUCAAUGCUAUCAUUCGACGAAGACGUCAAAGUUUUCGACAUUGACCCGGAAGUCAUGGGCUCAAACGAGAUUGUUCAGUGGGACGGUGACAGUGGAAUGGCCUCAUCUGGUUGUGACACAACUGAUGCUUCUUUGGGCAGUGAGGCUCCGGUUGAUGAUGCUGAGGUAGCUCCUCCCAAUGCAAAUGUCUCUGAUGGUGAUGCAAACGAAGAAGAGUUUCCUCAGCCAUUUUCGGAGAUAGAUGCGCUACGUCUUACGAGCCCUGAAAAGCUGCCACCUAAGAAGCGCCACGGUGCUCGAUCCGUCACACCAAAGCCAGGAUUGAAGAAGAAACGCCUUUGA